AAGCCCGCCCGGCCACCGUCACCGCAGUGGCCCUGACUGCAUAGAACCAACAGGACUAAUCCUACCCCGUGGAUCUAAUGCAGACCGGGAUCUGUUCCCAGGGGAGGCCCCCACCAUGCCUGUUGUUUGGGGGCCCAGGUACGCCCUCAGACAGCAAGCGACGGGCGUAAACGUCGGAGAGCCUGAACGGCUGUCAUCUCUGGAGCCCGAGGUAACACUGGCGAGGGAGGGACGACCCAGGGCCUCCGGAUAGGGCUGCAAUGGCGGUGAGUCCCACAGGGCCUCCCCAGCCCGCAGCUCGCUAAAGAUAGCCCUUCACUUCCUGGGGUAAAACCACCCCCAACCGUCUUCAUACACCGAGACUAGCAGCUAUCUCCGGGUCGUGUGCCUGCGGCAUGGAAAGCGCUUUGGAAUGACACGAUCACUCCCGUUGAGUGGGCACCCAAGAAGCCAUCGGGAAUGUCGUGUCCGCCCAGUGCUCUUUCGGCGCCUCCCAAUAGGGCCUUGCAUCCCUGGCUCAGAAAGGGGCCUUGCCAAGGUUUUCCUAUCCCUCAGAUCCUCUCCUUUGUGAGCUCUGGGCACACAACUGCUCCAGGGCAGAGAUCACGGGUUUUCCAGUGCUCAGCUGCAUCAGGUUCAGUCUUCGUUAAAGACAAGAGAGAAAAGGGGGAUUUAAGUUACACUGAAGUGAAAACAUUCAGGAGCCCCCGUGGGACAGCGGAAACAGCUUUCUUGCUGGUAGAGGAGUGGGAUGCUCUGAGAGCUGUUCUUAAACUGGUCCCUCUCAUGGUCACAUUGUGUAGUUGAUCCACAAAAGCUUGUUGCCUAAACCAGGAAGUGGGAGAAUCCCUGUUAACGUACACCAGGUGAGAGUAGCAUUAAAAGAAUUCUGGAAACCAUUAUGAUAGUUCUAAUUCCACCACAUUCAAGAGGAGAAAACUGGCAGUUCUACCAGCGGGCAUUUAUUGGGAAUAAAGACAACGCGUAUCUCAAAGGAAAUAACCUGAGACCGCAGAACACAAAUUCUUUUAAAAAUUUAUUUUUUCAGUAGGUCGUCAAAAUGGCUUUAAUGUUCGCUGCCCUAUUUCAGUGAUAAUUCAUUUGGAACUUUUGGCGUUUUUAUCAUGUGUAAGAUGGGAGAAAUGAAACGUUACCACAAAUACAUAGAUGUAAGACUUCGAUAGAGAAAAGCCUUGAGUCCCCACCGAGUCGCGUGGAUUCUGUCCCCGGUUGCGAAUACGGGUGACGCCGAGAGAACCCGAGGCCUGGAGCGGACCUGUAGAUUGCUGACCUGGAGCCGGGCCAGGCUAGUGGGCUACGCGGAAGGAGAGCUGGGGCUGUAAGUCGAACGCGGUCGCCACAGCUCCUUCUGGCGCACCUGUCCACUCCGGAACCGCAGCCAAGUCCCCGCCCCAACCAGCGCUCCUCCCGGAAGUUCAACAUCGACGUCUUGGUUCCGUUUCCGCUUGCUCUUUCCGGUCGCCAUGGCGAUGGGGCGCCUUGGGGUAGAGGAGACGCUGGAAGCCCUCAACGCGGCACUGGGUCCGGGCGGUCCCGUGUGGUUCAAGGAGACGCGCGCCCGUCACUUGCGUGUCCGAGACUUCUUUGCGCCGCGGCGCGCGCUACGAGCACGCUUCGGUGACGGACAGGUCCCCGAGCGCGUGGUUCACGCCAUCGCCUGCUUGCAGGGUCCCGGUGUGGCCCCGGUGCUGCGCUGCGUGCCGACUCCCACGGGGUUGGCUCUCCAGCUGCAGCGGUCCGCCGUCUUCGAGCGCGUCCUCGGCGCCGUAGCCGCCUAUGCCGCCCCUUCCGCGAUCGCUGCACCAGGCCGGCGCGUCGUCCUGCACUGCCCAGCGCUACGUGGCGGCCCUGGCGCCCUCCGCCUUAGCCAGCUGCGUGCCGUGCUUGUUGCCGAUCACCUGGCGCGAGCUCUGCGUGCUCAUGGGGUGAGUGUGCGCCAAGUGCCCGCUGUGCGGGAUCCGCACAUGUCGACCUUCCUGCAGCAGUUGCGGGUGGACUGGCCUGUGGCCUCGGAGAGAACCGCGAAUGAAGCCCUGAGGAGCCGCGCGCAUGCGAAGCUCACCUCCGCUGGUGACUCGGGAGCUCUGUUCCCUGGAGCCCUGGGCAGUGUGCGCCUGAAGGAGCUGGUAGAUGAAUGCGGACACACAGCUAGCUAUGACCCCAACCUGGACAGCUGUCUGGUGACAGAGGAUCUGCUGUCUGUGCUGGCUGAGCUGCAAGAGGCUGUGCAGCAUCAGCUUGAGGAGGGCUCCCCAGGCAUGGCUGCGGCCCCAGACACUGGUGCAGAGGGUUACCUGGUUGUCCACGUGGUGAGCUGUGAGGAGGAGUUCCAGCAACAAAAGUUGGACCUGCUUUGGCGGAAGUUGGAUGACCAGGCUCCUCUCAGACAGAAGCACCUGGUCUGUGGCCCAGUGAAAGUAGCUGGUGUACCCGGCACCCUGACAGCCCCUGAGUACUACGAGCUGCGGCACGCCCAGGUAUGCAAGGCCUCAGCACUGAAGCAUGGCAGGGACCUGGCACAAGACCCAGCCUGGACAGAAAUCUUCAUGGUUCUCUCUGUGGCAGCCAUUAAGUUUGAGAUGCUUAGCACAGCUCCACAGAGUCAGCUUCUCCUGGCCCUGACUGACAACAUUUCCACGAAGGGUACCAAAAGUGGCACCUUUGUCAUGUAUAAUUGUGCACGUCUCGCUACACUCUUUGAGGGUUACGAGUGCAGCAUGGAACAAGGUCUAUACCCAACUUUCCCACCUGUGAGCAGUCUGGAUUUCUCCCAGCUACAUGAUGAGGGUGAGUGGUUGCUGCUCUUCAACAGCGUCCUCCCCUUCCCAGACCUGCUGAGCCACACAGCAGCCCUGGCCUGCACAGCCCCGGGGCUCCACAUCACAGCACGCACAGAGAUGGUUUGCAAGUUCCUGGUACAGCUCAGCAUGGAUUUCAGCUCAUACUACAACCGUGUACACAUCCUAGGGGAGCCUCGACCACACCUGUUUGGUCAAAUGUUUGCCCGUCUGCAGCUUCUGCGGGCUGUACGUGAAGUGCUCCACACUGGGCUGGCCAUGCUGGGUCUCCCUCCACUGAGCCACAUCUAAGGCCACAGAGGCCCCAAUAACUGGGAAUGUCCACAAAGUCAUCAACUGAAAGAGAAAACCCCCCACAGAUUUUAUUAGAGACCUGGAGCCAAAAUAAACUGGCUUGAUACAAA